UCCUUGUCCUUUGAGUCUGAGUUUAAAUCCUCAAAGUGAAAAGCCAACUCCAUGCAUGGCCCAACUCAACCAAACCUCCACUUUUUACAUAUUUUAACUAACUCAACCUUAGGAAACUAUUCACUUUCAUUUCUUGGAGAUUGGGAUACUUUUAAAGUGUUGCUGUACAUAAAAGAAUGAGAGUGGGGAGGAAUUUUCUGAUGCAGACAAGAUUUAGAGUUUGUUUUUUCUAAUCUUUUUCACCUCCUUGUUUCUGGGCUCUUCUUGAAUUUUAAUCUUUUUUGGGGGGUUUUCUUGAUUCAUUCUCAUCUGGGUUCAUGAGAGUUUUAAGGGUGAGCAUGGAUUGAUUGGUUGGUUGAUGAAAUUCUGUGUUAUUCAGUAUUUUUUGUUGUUUCAGAGCCAAAACUGCAAAUGGUGGGCUUAAAGCAGUUGCUAAACCAAGAAGAUAAUGAAAGGCUUGAUGCUACAGUCUUAUCAAACAAAGAUACCUACAGUGGCGAGUUUAAAGGAGUGCUUCCUCAUGGAAAAGGAAAAUAUACAUGGACUGAUGGAACAGUCUACCAGGGUGAUUGGGAAGAGGGUAAAAUGACCGGAAAAGGGCGGAUAAUCUGGCCAUCGGGAGCAAACUAUGAAGGCGAUUUCUGUGGUGGCUACCUUCAUGGAUUUGGCACCUUAAUCGGGCCUGACAGAUCUCAAUAUAGAGGAGCUUGGAGGAUGAAUAUACAGCAUGGGCUAGGAAGGAAAGAGUAUAGUAAUUCAGAUAUUUAUGAAGGUUCGUGGAAGGAGGGAGUGCAUGAAGGUAGUGGUAAGUAUUCUUGGAAUAGUGGACACACGUACAUAGGGAAUUGGAAAGGUGGAAAAAUGAACGAGCGAGGAGUCAUGAAAUGGGAAAAUGGUGAUCUUUUCGAUGGCUAUUGGUUAAAUAAUUUAAGAAAUGGUUCUGGAGUUUAUAUGUUUGCAGAUGGGGGAUGUUACUUUGGGACCUGGAGUCGGGGUUUAAAGGAUGGUAAAGGAACCUUCUAUCCUGCCGGAACUAAGCUUCCGUCUUUAAGGCGGUGGUGUACUUCUCUAGGUCACGAUGAGAGUGGAAGAAGUUCAUUGUCUCACAGCUCAUCGCUAAAUUCAGUGCAGGAAGAGGUUCCAAAACCAAGUGUCAUGCGCAGUUUUUCUGAGAAAAUCUCAGUUGGCGGAAUGUUCAAAACUUCAGGUCAACCGAAAUGCGGAACAAACUCAUUAGAUGAGAAUUGUGCUCCUUGUGGCUCUUCAGGUCGAAUGAACCGCAGAACCUAUUCAUUAAAUGACAAAUUGGCUCCUUCUGAGUCUUCCAGAGAAUUAAUAAGUAAUGAGUCAUCACACAUGUUUUCCGAGGCCUCAGACGUUGCUCAAAAAGAGUUGCAGGGUAAAAGUACUGUAAUUUAUGAAAGAGAAUACAUGCAAGGAGUGUUGGUCAAAGAGAGAAUUAAAACUGUAGAAAAAUCAAGUAAAAGUAAACAAAAAAGUAAAUUUCAAGUCAAAGUUAAAAAGAAUUCAUGCGUGGACUUUUUUGAGGGCCAUCAGAGCUAUUAUCUGAUGCUCAAUUUGCAGCUUGGUAUCAGAUAUACUGUUGGCAAGAUCACACCAGUGCCUAGGCGUGAAGUUCGAACCUCUGAUUUUGGAGAUCGGGCUAGAAUAAGCAUGUAUUUCCCCAGAAAGGGUUCCCAGUUUACACCUCCGCACUAUUCUAUUGACUUCUACUGGAAAGACUAUUGCCCUAUGGUCUUCAGGAAUCUGAGGGAGAUGUUUAAAUUAGAUGCAGCUGAAUAUAUGAUGUCCAUUUGUGGUGAUGAUGGUCUAAGGGAGCUUUCUUCUCCAGGGAAAAGUGGCAGUAUCUUCUAUCUUUCUCAUGAUGAUAGAUUUGUGAUUAAAACAUUAAAGAAAUCUGAACUCAAGUUCUUUCUCAGGAUGCUGCCCAACUAUUAUGAUCAUGUAGGAAGGCAUGAAAAUACUCUAAUAACAAAGUUUUUUGGCGUCCACCGAAUAAAAUUAAGAGGUGGAAGAAAGGUACGCUUUGUGGUCAUGGGAAAUAUGUUUUGCACGGAAUUGAAAAUACAUAGAUGCUAUGAUCUGAAGGGGUCAACUCAUGGAAGAUUUACAGAUGCUGAUAAAAUUCAAGCGAAUACCACCUUAAAAGAUCUCGAUCUUACAUAUGAAUUUCAGAUGGAUAAAUUGUUGCGGGAGUCCCUCUUCAGACAACUUUCUGAAGAUUGUUUGUUCCUACAAUCUCAACAUAUUAUCGAUUACAGUCUUCUAUUGGGAUUACAUUUUAGAGCGCCUGAGCAGUUGAAGGCUAUACUAGAAUCUACUGGUGCAUUGCCGAAUCCAGAGAAUUUACCUUCCGGAGAAGGUAUAACUUCGCAAGGGGAGCCCUUCAUUCCGACAGGGUUGCUCCUAGUUACGCAUGAACCCAACUCUGUCAACACAGCACCUGGUCCUCACAUAAGGGGGAAUACGCUGAGAGCAUAUUCUGUCGGUGCGAAGGAAGUUGAUCUCUUACUGCCCGGCACAGGAAGAUUGCGAGUGCAGUUAGGAGUAAAUAUGCCAGCUCAAGCUAGCCGUAAACUCCGACAGGAGGUUGAUUCCAUGGAGGUUGAACUUUUUGAGGUCUACGACGUGGUCCUCUACAUGGGCAUAAUUGAUAUAUUGCAAGAGUACAAUGUAACAAAGAAAGUUGAGAAUAAAUAUAAGUCAUUGAAGUUUGACCCUUUAUCUAUUUCUGCCGUUGAGCCGAAGUUGUACGCCGACCGGUUCCUCAAGUUCUUGCAGCAGAAAGUUUUCCCUGAGAAACUAUGAAAAGAUGAAAAGGUUUACAUUUUUAUUAUUGUUAUUUAGGUAAGUAUUUCCCUUUUUUUUAUUCUUCUUACAAUUGAAAGAUCUUCAAUUAUGUAUUUUUUUUAUGCCUGCUCUCAAUACAAAAUUCUUUUACAAAUAUAUUUUGUAUAGAAAGAUCAAGCAUAUUAAGUUUAUGCAGAAAUUCUAAUGAAAAUAUUGUUCGAAA